UUUUGGACUAUGGUGGGGCAUUCGAAUCACUGUCCACAGACUCUCAACAUGACCAAAACUAUGAACUGCAAUUCUCCACAUACCCAUCAAUUUCUCUCUUUCUCUGAGACUACCUUUGAGAGGAGAGACAAUGUUGAGGUGUGAAAAAUGAAGAGGAAAGAUUGUGUUAUGCAUCUUCCAUGGCCUGCCAUUAUUGUGUUUACAAUGCUUUCUCACCAUCACCACAGUCACAGAGAGACUUCAUCAACAAAACCAUUUUAAAGCCAUCAAGUAGAUCCAAACCUGUUCUUAUUUCUUCUAUAAGCAAUGCUAGAGCCUCCUACAAUACUCUUGUCUUUGAGGCUGUUAGGCUUUUGGGUCCUCCAGCAAGAUUUGAAGCUUCAAAGCUGAAAGUUGUUUUCUUAGGAGAAGAGUUAAACAAGUAUUCAGGAAUUCUUCCAAGAACCUACAUCCUAUCCCACUGUGACUUUACAGCUAACUUAACCUUGACCAUCUCUAAUGUCAUAAAUCUUGAUCAGUUAAGAGGCUGGUAUAACAAAGAUGAUGUAGUUGCCGAAUGGAAGAAAGUGAAAGACGAUAUGUGUCUACAUGUCCACUGCUAUGUGAGUGGUCCAAAUCCCCUGCUAGACCUUGCUGCAGAGUUUCGGUACCACAUAUUCUCCAAGGAAUUGCCUUUGGUGCUUAAAGCUGUGUUACAUGGGGAUUCAGUACUUUUCCGAGACCAUCCUGAGCUACUGGAUGCUUUGGUUAGGGUAUAUUUCCAUUCUAGUUCACAAAAGUACAAUCGCACAGAAUGUUGGGGUCCUCUCAAGAAAGCUGCAGAGGGAAGACAAGGGGACCAGAUCCAAGGCUUGAUAAGCGCAAGUGAAGAUGGUUUGAAGCAAAAGUGGGGAAAACCAAGAUCCAUUUUUCAAGCUCUUUUUACUUUCCUUCUUUGAAGUCAGAAGCACCUUAUUCUCGAAGUGCUCUGUGUUCAUGCCGCAAGGAUUGUUAUUUCAGGUGCCUGAGGCAUAGCAGGGUCCAUUCUUAGCAAAACCUUAACAAAUGGGAAGAGACUAAAGGCCAACCUCAAGUUGCAUAAAAAAUGUGGGGUCCUGAUUCUUUUUCAAUUAACACAUUUGUUCAAUUGGAAAUAUUGACUCACUAUUAUUGUGUGACUGAGACCUUUUUUCAUCUGGUAAAUCAGAAAAUGGCUCAUUUCUUUGUUUCAAA